AUGACAAAUGGCGUGCCCAUGCAGCAGCCGCCCGACCCGACGCUCGACGCCGUGACGGGCGGCUUACCCCUCGACCGAUUCCCAGAACCCUUUCCCGCCCCCGCCCCCGACCCGCCUGUCUAUCACAAAGGCCGCCGACGCAAAUCCUCAUCCACAAGCAGCCGCCGGGCAGAACCUCCAGAUUCCCAGCUGCCCGAGCCCGAUACCUGUCGGGAUAUGUCGCGGGGGAGGGCUCCCGCCGAGGAGCCGCUCUUUUUCCCGUGCAAAUGCAGCGGCAGCAUCAAGCAUGUCCACCCAGGACUGCCUGAUGGAGUGGUUGUCGCACUCGCAAAAAGAAGCAUUGCGAGCUGUGCAAGACUCCGUUCCGCUUCACGAAGCUCUACGACCCCAACAUGCCCACGGCCCUCCCGCCCCAUGUCUUGGUCAGGCCACCACCGCCAAAUACGCGUUGCGCCCACCUGCGUCACAUUGGACGAGGGCCAGUUAUGGUUGCGAACGUCUGGGGGACUGAUUUCUGGUUGCCGUUAUUAUCAUGCGUACCGUGUGAGAACUGCAAUUCUGAAAUCAACGACCAAAGGGCUGGGCAGUAGGUCCGCCGUCUUGGUCACAACCGGAGACGGGUUCGGCGUCUGCGAGGCGUUUAACGGCACCGACGUCUGCCCAUCGAGCGUCCUCUUGCGGCGCCAGCCUCAUCGACAAGUCCACGGCAACGCGAGCGCCUUCUCUCGGUUGCCGGAUCCAAUACCUCAGUCCCUGCUCGGCGGAGUCGGCUUCCUCCAAAAUCUCACGCGCCAUACCUACUUCAACCGAUUCGUGAUUCACGUUCUCGAGGGCCUGAUCAUCACGGUUCUGGUCAUCGUGUGCUUUAUUCUAAUAAUAUUAGUCCGGGAUUACGUUGUGCAACAACAGCCUGAACGCAACCUGCGGGCCGCGUGGGCCGCCGUCGAAAACCCCCAGCCCCCCCCAGUAGUGCUAGUCCGUCCCCAGGUUCAACCCCAGGAGAUUCUUCGCCAUGCAGCCAUCGAGGCCGAUGAUACAGCCAUACAGGCCAUCGAGGCCGUCGAAGCCAUCGAGGCCGACGAUACAGCCAACGAGGCCGACGAUGAGGAGGAGCCGGCGCUUCGCCCUCCCCCACAAAGACAACUGGUCGUUCCCCUGGGCGUGCCUCCUCUACCGAGGGACCAGGGAGAGGCAGGGCCGGUUUUUAACAUGGAGGCAGCGCACGAGUAUCUCGACGUGUUCCGCGAGGCUCGCGGUGAUCCACAAGAGAUUAUGAGAAUCGCUCGGGAGCGAGGCCUAGACGACAGGAUGGACUACUGGGUACAGAUAACCGCGCGGAGCACCUCGCACCUCUCUGCGACCCCGACCCUGGCCCCGGUCCCGGCCCCGGUACGGCGAGCCCCCGCGGGUAUCGUUGGUCGGGUUGCGGACUUCAUGUGGGGGCGGGUCGACGCUCUCGAGGAGGCUGACCUCGCUCCCGUUAAUUUCCGAGGCGACUUCGCCGAGGAUGAUCCGGACGACGGCCACGGAAAUGCGCCAGCCAACCCGGCAGGACAAGCCGGAGAAGGUGCUGAGGCGGCGGCCGCGGCAGGGCUAGACGCCGAGGCACUAGAAGACGCGGAAGACCUCGAAGGCAUCCUGGAGCUCGUUGGCAUGCGCGGCCUUCUUAUCGGCCUAUUCCAGAACGCGAUUUUCUGUGCGUGUCUCGUAACCUUCACUAUCUUCCUCGCAAUCUUCAUCCCGUACAACAUCGGCCGCGUCAGCAUCUGGGCCCUUGCGAAUCCCAUGCAAAUCGCGAGCAUUCUCUUCAGCCUCUCCAAGCUCGUCCAGGACUGCGCAUUGCUUGUUGGAGGGGUUGCAUCCUCGGCUCUGUCAGAGGUUGUCCACCUGCUGAGCCGCGCAUUGAUGCUGCCGUCCGUCGCCGAACAUUCCAUGGGGGUUUCCAACACGUCGUGGGCCAUGGCCGUGGGCGCAGCCAACCGAAUCGGCGGCAACUUUGUGACCGAAUGGCCUUUCUCUUCGACAUCCGAGGUACGCAAUUUCUCCGCCAUUAGCCACGCCUCUCUCUUCACGCUCAAGGGCUACGUCGCUGCAGGCUUCUCCGGUCUCUGGGGCCUUCUCGACUUCGUCUUCGGCGGUGACUAUGCCACCAAGGGCGCAGCAGCAUCUGCCCUGGCCACCGAGACCUUCCCGGUCGUCUGGCAAUAUGUAAGGGCUUUGCCCGCCGCUGUUUUCACACCGAGCACAUGGGUUCUCAACAUAAAUCUGCCCGUGACUGCGAUCGCGACCAACGCAGAACUCGCGCACUGGGGCGGCGCCGACAGGUUCUGGGCCAUCCUCAUGGGCUACGUCGCCAUGUUUCUGAUGGCCGCCCUCUACAUGCGGCGCGGUGUUCCCUUCUCCACCAGCCAGGCGGGACAACGGUGGGAGACCUACCUCAUGGACUGGCUCAACCAAGCCAGCGGCGUUGUGAAGGUCAUCUUGAUCAUCAGCAUUGAGAUGCUCGUCUUUCCGCUCUACUGCGGCAUGCUCCUGAACAUCGCCCUGCUUCCACUCUUUGAGCAAACAACGCUCAAGUCCCGGCUCCUUUUCACGCUCCACUACCCGGUCACGUCCAUCUUUGUACACUGGUUCAUCGGUACCGGGUACAUGUUUCACUUCGCGCUGUUCGUGUCCAUGUGUCGCAAGAUCAUGCGCAAGGGCGUCCUCUACUUCAUCCGUGACCCGGACGACCCGGACUUCCACCCGGUCCGAGACGUCUUGGACCGCAACGUGACGACCCAGCUGCGUAAGAUCUUAUUCUCGGCCUUCGUCUACGGCGCCCUGGUCGUCGUGUGCCUCGGUGGUGUCGUCUGGGGGCUGUCCCUGUCCCUACCCGUGCUACCCAUCCACACGUCGUCCAACGAGCCGGUGCUCGAGUUUCCCAUCGACUUACUGUUCUACAAUUUCCUGAUGCCGUAUGCCGUCAGGCUAUUCCGGCCGAGCCACUGGCUGCAUGCCAUGUACAGGUGGUGGUUCCGCCGUUGUGCGCGGGCCCUCCGCAUCACCUGGUUCCUCUUUGGUGAGCGGCGCAUCGACGAGGAGGGCCAGCUCGCGCUAGCGCCCGACUCGCCCGACCGCAGUCUGCCUGCUUGGAGGCAGUGGUUCCUCGAGGUGGACGCUGACGGGCGCGUCGUGGUGAGGUCGUGGCACGGCAUCUUGGACGGCGAUACGGCCAAGCGUCCGGUUGUGAAGUCAGAACACAUAGCCAAGUACAAUGCUAAGAAGGAGACCCUCGUACGUUCCAACCAGCUCAUCACCGACGGGCGGUUCGUCCGGACGCCAGCUUCCGACCAGGUCAAGAUCCCCAAAGGCGCCGGUGUCUUCCUCGCCGUCAACGAGAACAACACGAGACAGGACGGCGUGUGGGACAGGCCCCAGAACGACAUCUACUCGAGCGACCAGUACCAGCUCGUCUACUUGCCUCCAAACUUUGGCAUCCGCAUCUUCCUCUUCAUCCUGUUUAUCUGGGCCUUUGCCGCCGCUACCGGCGUCGCCAUCACCAUCGUGCCGCUAGUGUUCGGGCGGUGGAUGUUCAGAACUAUGAUUCCGUCACACGUCCGCGCCAACGACAUAUACGCCUUCAGCAUCGGAAUCUACGUCCUCGGUUCCGCCGUGUAUGCGCUAUCCCAUGUACCAACCGCCUACCGAACAGCCAGGGCCCAUAUCGCGGCCACUAUGGUCGCUGGCCGCGGUCACCACACCUUCUGGCAAACACGGGAUGCCAUCCUCCACGCCGUCCGGAUCCUAUACACCUACUUCUUCAUCCUGUUGGUGGCCCCGUUGAUCGUGGCGUCGCUGAUGGAGCUGUAUGCUUUAAUGCCCCUCAACGAGCUCAUGUACGGUGUUGUUCUCAAACCGGAAUUUCGCAAAAGCCCUCGCCGCCGGCACCGCCAAGGCCGCAACCCAGGCGCACACAGUGCGGGUCGUUCAGACUUGGACCUCGCCAGACUCGCCAUCGCAAAGGGGUUUGCGGACUUCGUCAUGAAGGGUCCCGGCAUGGUGCCGGCCCACGGCCCGCCCGAUCAAGCGCUGUACAACGCGUGCGCAGUGCUGAUCUACCGCAUGAGCUUCUUCGUGGUAGCGCUCGCCAUCGGCAGCUGCUUCGCUCUGUGGAGCGCCGUGAGCAUGUGCCACCGCUGGCAAGUGCGGAUCCGCGACGAGGCUUAUCUGAUCGGCGAACGGCUCCACAACUUUGGUGCAGCGAAUGCGCCUCGGCCGCGAAACGCGUCAGGAGGCAGUGGGAUGGGCGGGUGUCCCCGAACAGAAUCGACUCCGAAAUCUUGCGUCCGCUGUGACCCUCGCGCCCCAGCCCUACCAGGCCGCCAGGGUAUCCUUUCCGGACCUUCUAACGACGCUGCGACAUGUCUUAUCAACCUGGGGCUACCCAGCUCGCUUCCCGACUAUCCACCGCACCCCCAAGGGGGGGAACGCGGAUUUCUCUCCAGACAGCCGUCCUUCGGGGAAACACCGAGCUCUUCGGGCCGGUCGUCGACCGAGUACAAUGGCAGCCACCUCGGUGAUAUCGAAAAGAGCCUCCCCAUCCAAACCAUCCCUUCGCUUAGGCUGGAGGUCCUGCAAUCCAUCACACGGUCUCACCAUGGUGACCAUGAUAAGAGCACCGAACCGCGCUGUGUCGAGGUGAACUCGAAGGCCGAUGAGCCUGCCGACGAAGCGACUCGGCCCAAGCUGGGCAUCCGGCAGCGCCUCGCCCACUUCACCUGGGCGUGGUACACGCUGACCAUGUCGACGGGCGGCCUCGCGCUUCUCAUCCGCUCGCAACCGCACCAAUUCCCAGGGCUCCAUCAGAUCGGCCUCGCUGUAUUCAUCAUCAACAUCGCUCUGUUCGUGCUGGUCACUUCGGCGCUGGUCGCCCGUUUCUGCCUGUUUCCGGGGACGUUCCUGCGGUCCGUCACACACCCACGCGAGGGCUUCUUCUUCCCGACAUUUUUCCUGUCCAUAGCCACCCUCAUCACCUGCACCCAGCGGUACUGCGUGCCCGACGACCCCGAGGUCGCGCGCGCCACGUCCAAGAGCCUGAUGUGGGCCAUCCAGAUUGCCUUUUGGGUCUACGUGGCCGUGACGACCAGCGUAGCCGUCGGGCAGUAUUCGUACGUGUUUUCGGCGCACAGCUUCGGGCUGCAGACCAUGAUGCCGACUUGGAUCCUACCCAUCUUCCCCAUCAUGCUGUCGGGCACCAUCGCGUCCGUCAUCUCCGAGACCCAACCGGAGGCGUCGGGGGUGUCCAUCGCCGUGGCCGGCCUGACGUGUCAGGGGCUGGGUAUCGCGGUCGCGUUCAUGAUGUAUUCGCACAUGGUCGGGCGGUUGAUGCAGUCGGGCCUGCCGAACCGGGAGCACCGGACGGGGUUGUUCAUGUGCGUGGGGCCGCCGGCCUUCACCGCGCUGGCCUUUCUCGGCAUGGGGAGGUCGCUGCCCGAGACCUUCGACCAUGACAUGGACGGGCUGACCGACGCCGCCACCAUCGAGACCAUGGGCCUAAUUGGGGCUGGGUUCCUAUGGGCGCUAAGCUUCUGGUGGUUUGGCAUCGCCCUUCUGGCCGUCAUCCAGAGCCCGCCUCGCUACUUUCACCUCGGCUGGUGGGCGGCCGUCUUCCCAAACACAGGCUUCACGCUCGCCACCAUCUCAAUAGGCACGGCCUUCCGCAACGAACCGAUCCUGUGGUUUGCAACGGCUAUGUCGAUCGUGCUGUUGCUGACGUACCUGUUUGUGCUGUGCCACCACAUACGCGCUGUCGUUGUGCAAGACAUCAUGUAUCCGGGCCGGGACGAGGACGUGGAGGAUCAUUAG